AUGGGCAACGUGGAACAGAUGUUUCACAGCUUUCAUGUCAACAAGGAACACCGUGAUUAUCUUCGCUUCUUCUGGUUCAAGGACAACGACCCCAUGAGACCUGUGAUACAAUAUCAUAUGAAUGUUCACCUAUUUGGGAACAUUUCCUCUCCUGCCAUAGCCACAUUAGGCCUAAGAAUGAUUACCACAGAAAACCAAUCCACCUAUGGUGAAGACGUGAAAGACUUCAUACUUCAUUUCUACGUAGAUGACGGUUUAACAUCUCAACCUGAUGCAGCAACAGCAAUUAGCCUCAUCAAAAGAACAAGAGACAUGUUAGCCACCAAGAACAUUAAUUUCCACAAAAUAGUCUCCAAUGACAAGGAUGUUAUGAUCGCCCUCCCAAGUGAAGUACGCGCCAAGGACCUGCAAUGUCUAGAUUUUAGUCAAGACACUCUACCCUCACAGCAAUCACUCAGGAUACAAUGGUCCCUUCAAGCGAACACUUUCACAUUCAAAGUGGACUUAAAGGACAAUCCAUUCUCAUUGCGGGGAGUAUUAGCGACCAUAAACUCUAUCUAUGACCCAAUAGGAAUAAUAGCCCCAGUUACAAUAGAAGGGAAGUGCAUUCUCAAGGGACUCAUGUCAGAAAUGCCAAAGGGACGUGAGAUGGCCAGCAUUGGAUGGGACGAUCCACUUCCAACUGAAUACCUAUCUCGCUGGUUUACAUUCCACCUGAUUUAG